CAGAGCUCCUGCUCUCUCCUCUCCCUCCUCUGCUGUCUCUCUCCCUCCUCCCUCCCGCGCCUGCCUCCUCUGCGCUCCCGCUCCGCCUGGUAGAGAGGCUCGCACAGCAGUUCGCAGCCAGUGUGCUCAGCCUGCCUGCCUGCCUGUGUGUGCGAGCGUCUACUUUGUACUGUGGAGAACACAGCCCAUGUGCUCUGCAUGGACGUUACUGAUACUCUGUUGAGCUUGAUUUUCCACAAGCAGGCAAGAUGUCCAGCACACCACAUGACCCCUUCUAUUCUUCUCCUUUCGGCCCAUUUUAUAGGAGACACACACCCUACAUGGUGCAGCCCGAGUACCGAAUCUAUGAGAUGAACAAGAGGCUGCAGUCGCGCACCGAGGACAGUGACAACCUCUGGUGGGAUGCUUUCGCCACGGAGUUUUUUGAGGACGACGCCACGCUAACCCUUUCAUUUUGUUUGGAAGAUGGACCAAAGCGAUACACUAUCGGCAGGACCCUCAUCCCCCGUUACUUCAGCACUGUGUUUGAAGGAGGGGUGACCGACCUGUAUUACAUUCUGAAACACUCGAAAGAGUCAUACCACAACUCAUCCAUCACAGUGGACUGCGACCAGUGCGCAAUGGUCACCCAGCAUGGAAAGCCCAUGUUUACCAAGGUGUGUACAGAAGGCAGACUCAUCUUGGAGUUCACCUUUGAUGAUCUCAUGAGAAUAAAAACAUGGCACUUUACCAUUAGACAAUACAGAGAGCUAGUCCCGAGAAGCAUUCUAGCCAUGCACGCACAAGAUCCUCAGGUCCUGGACCAGCUGUCGAAAAACAUCACCAGGAUGGGGCUGACAAAUUUCACCCUCAACUACCUCAGGUUGUGUGUAAUACUGGAGCCAAUGCAGGAACUGAUGUCGAGACAUAAAACUUACAACCUCAGCCCACGAGACUGUCUGAAGACCUGCUUAUUUCAGAAGUGGCAGCGGAUGGUGGCCCCGCCAGCAGAACCCACAAGGCAACCAACAACUAAACGGAGAAAAAGGAAAAACUCCACCAGCAGCACUUCCAACAGCAGUGCUGGGAACACAGCCAACAGCACCGGCAGCAAGAAGAAGACCCCGGCCACAAACCUGAGUCUGUCCAGUCAGGUACCUGAUGUGAUGGUGGUAGGAGAGCCAACUCUGAUGGGAGGUGAGUUUGGGGACGAGGACGAAAGGCUAAUCACUAGAUUAGAAAACACGCAAUAUGAUGCGGCCAACGGCAUGGACGACGAGGAAGACUUCAACAAUUCACCCGCCCUGGGGAACAGCAGCCCGUGGAACAGUAAGCCUCCCGCCACCCAAGAGACCAAAUCAGAAAACCCCCCGCCGCAGGCUUCCCAGUAAGAACCCGCAGGCCCGCACGUCGGGGGGCCGGGGCUGCUUGCUGCUGCAGAGCUUUGCUCAUGGGAGAGCAUGGAGACGCGCAGACGCCUCCAGCAGAGUCUGUUUCUAAACCACAAUGACCUGAGUUUCUUUCUUUCGUUUUGGUUUUUUCUUUUCCAUGGAGAGGCUCAUUCCAAAUCGACUCCAUGCCCUUCCUUGGAGGCCCGUGCAGGUGGCCCGGCCCUGGCGGGAAUGAAAACCAGGGGUGUGUGUUUGCGUUGCAGCUCUUUUCCCUGCACCCAAGGAAGGCCAUCUAGUCUGCAAGUCCUCGGUGCUCAGGAUGGCAAUCCUAGGCCGGACCUAACUAACUACAGAUGACUUUUUAAUAUUGUAAAAUAUUUUCUGCUUUUUGACUUGCAUCUGAGAGUUUCUUGUUUCAGUAAAAAAAGAAAAGAAAAAAAUCAGCUUUUAGAAAGUCAUUUAAAUGUACCUAUAUAUAUUUUUUUCUUCACCUUUUUUUGCAUUGGGUAACAAGCUCAGAGGGCCCGGCCGGGCCCGACCCGGCCCGACCUUGGGGUGCGCCCCGGCAGUGGGUUGACCGAGGCCCCAAGGAGCGCUGAAACAAGAAAUGUGCUUGUGUCAUCCGAGACACCAAUGCAGAUUUUUAUGUAAAGAAAGAGGCUUGGCCCCUUGAGAAUUGAUGCGUUUGUAAAAAUUGCUGUUGAUCCAAAUAUUUUCAAGCCAUGUUAUCCAUUAAUUUCAUGGGCAGUUUAAUAAAUCGGAAACUUUUUUGUGUUUUUUAUUGUAUCUGAGUUGGCUAUCGUUUCUUUUCAUGGUAUAUUCCUUGUAUGAUAUUUUGUAAAGCCUUCACCUGGUUCUUUUCUGGGGACUUUUCUUUGGGACAAUUCCAGUGUAUUUAUGUGAAACUUUAUAAAAAGAAAACCAACUAAUUUUCCAUUUGCAUAUUAAUAUGUUUCUCCACACAUGUAAAGACACAGUGGCCCCGUGUGUUAUAAAACAGCUGUAUUUUAUGUAUGCUUUCCUGAUAAGUGUGCCAAUAAUAAACUGUGUUAAUGACCAAAGCACAUGAGUCUGGCUAUUGAUAAACACAGACGG